GCAUCGUGAACAUGGCGCCCUCCAAGAGGAGGAACGUGAGCGCGGCGAAACCAGAAGAGCCGCAGAAGAGCUUGAGCAGGAAAGAGAUGGAUGAGAAAGUGGAGCGCAUUUUACAUGAGCGGAGAUGCGCGAACGAGGUGUUCGACCUGCUCGAGCUGCUGCAGGCGGAGAAGGAGCGCGAUGUCCUGAGUGCUGUGAGCGCCUGCAGCCACUUGUUCAGCUCACUGCUUCAGAGAGGAGAGCUGCGCUUGGGCCAUCUGCCCAAGGAGGAAGACAUGCUGGCAGGCUCGUACUCUGCCGAGGAGAAGUACGCCAUGUUCAUGCGCCACCGCUACAACAGCUACGUCGAGCUCCUGGUGGAGCUGCUGGAGCAUGAGGCCUUUGUUGUGAAGGAGAGCUCCCUCUGUGCCCUCAUGAACUUUGUGUCCACGGAGGCACAGCGCCCCCUACAGGCUGUCGACUGGGACGGUCACUGCUGUUUCCCCAGGGACCUGCUCAAGGCAGUGGUCAGGGGGCUGCUCUCAGAGAAGGAGGACACAGCUCUCCUCAUCUCCAGGUUCCAGGAAUUCCUGGAGAAGGAUGAUGUGCGCUACUACACGAUGGGAGCAGUCAGCGACAGUGUGGGACGAGUUAUGGCUCAGGCACACGGGGUUGUCCUGCCUGUAUAUCAAAACAAUGUGUUCACACUGAUGUCCAACAUCAACAUGCCCAAGAAGGAGGAGGAACUCCGCAACUUCCUGCUUGACAGGGACGCUAACCGAGAGGACUGGAAAGCUGCUAAACUGAAGGAGCACAAGAGGACGUUUGAGCGCAUGUGGCUCGCCUUCCUCAAGCAUAAGCUGCCCAGUGGCCUCUACAAGAAGGUGCUUGUGGUGCUGCAUGACGCCAUCCUGCCCCACAUGAGCCAACCGACUCUCAUGAUCGACUUCCUCACAGCUGCAUAUGACAUUGGAGGAGCAAUUAGCCUUCUGGCUUUGAAUGGCCUGUUUGUGCUCAUCCACCAACACAACCUAGACUACCCAGAUUUCUACAAGAAGCUUUACAACCUCCUGGACCCCUCUGUGUUUCAUGUGAAAUACCGCGCACGCUUCUUCCACCUGGCCAACUUGUUCUUGUCCUCUAGCCACCUCCCCGUCUACCUGGUGGCAGCCUUCGCCAAGCGACUCUCCCGUCUGGCGCUGACAGCACCCCCCGCAGCCCUGAUCAUGAUCCUGCCCUUCAUCUGCAACUUGAUUCGGCGGCACCCAGCCUGCCGCGUGCUUAUUCACCGCCCGGACGUAACUGACGAGCCCCGAGACGAUCCCUUCCUGAUGGAAGAGAAGGACCCCGCCCUCUGCCAUGCCAUGGAGAGCAGCUUGUGGGAACUCCAGACCUUGCAGAAGCACUACCACCCAGAUGUGGUGCGGGUUGCCACGGUAAUCAACAAGCCACUGGGCGAGCAGGAGAACGAGCUAAGCGAGCUGCUGGAGCUGUCAGGAUAUGAGCUGUUUGAGAGGAACCUACAGCAGGAAUUGAAGGACACUGUGGCACUGGAGUUUGAACCAGUGACCCAGCUGCUGCAGGGCUCUGGGGGGCUGCUGGAUCAGCACUUCUCUCUGGAAUGAGCGCCCCCCUGGCUGCGGUUCGACUGCACCCCUGGCCUUUUUAACUUUUUUUGUACUGACCUUCCUGUGAAUAAAUUA